AAGAAGCAGCGUGGCUUGGAGAACAAAUAAUCGCUGUCUAGUCUUACACGCCAUGGAUUCCUUCCUUGAAAACCUCAAAGAGAACGUACAGUGUUCCUUGUGUAAUGAUACACUUGCUGAACCUAAGAUCUUGAAAUGUUUCCACAUAUUUUGUAAGCCUUGUAUCAAAAGGCACGCCGAGCUGAUCGAGGAUGUCGCCGUCUUCAAGUGUCCAAAAUGUAAAUCAGAAACUCCCUUACCACAAGAAAGCAGCUUGGAUAGUCYAAAAACAAGUCCGCUACACUCAAGAAUGUCUCAAAUUCUGACUACUAUUGAGAGCGAAAAGGUUUGUUCUGUUUCUGAUAGUCAUUCAGCAGCAGUGUGGUAUUGUUUUGAUUGUGAUCAAUCGAUCUGUGAAGACUGCCGCAAAAGCCAUUCUAUGUUUACUAGACAUCACAAACUCAUUCGUGUUAGUGACAUGAAGAACGAAGACCACGAAUCUAUGCUAAAGAAGGAGAAUAACUGCACAACCCACUUAAAUGAAAUAUUGGAGCUCUAUUGCGAAGAUUGUGAUGAUAUCAUCUGUUUGAGCUGCUGGAAGACACGUCAUAAUAAUCACAAGAUCAUGCCAUUAGACAAGCUCGUCUUACUGAAAAAGGCAUUGUUAUACAAGCAUCUACAAGUGCUGGAACAGUUGAGAUUCAAUGACAAGGAAAGGCAGGGYCAAGAAGAGAUUGCUAACAAAAUAAGAGAGGAUGGAGAAAGAGCUAAAAGUGAAGUAAAAGAAAGCAUACAGAGAAUAUUUGAAAGUUUACGUCAAAGUGAGAGCGAAAUUCUGAAACAAAUCGAUAGCAAGAUGGACAGAGCGACCAAAAACUUGAAUAUAAUCCAUCAUAUUCCAACCGUCAAGGAAUACAUCAAUAAUAUAAUGGAAAGAGGAUUGGCAAGUGAAAUGAUGAACAUUCAAGAGACAGAAUCCUAUGAGGAUUUUAUUUUUAGUCCAAUCCAAAAAUGUUCAGGAUUCGCCUUCGUUCCUAACCAAACCUUGCUGCAACAAGUGAAUACAGGGCUGGGAGAAAUACAAUCUUACUCUAAAACAGACCAUACGAUGAGUACUAUUGAAGUGAUGUCUGAUCCAGUGGCUUUCAAACAGGGAAACCUGAUGUUGAUAACUAAAACCUCUGCAGGAGAACUCAAUCACGAUCCAGGCGAUGUUAUUGAUGUUAAAAUCAGCCCUGAAGAUAAUGUGGAUAUAAGAGAAAACUAUGUGAGAACUGAUGGUAAACUAGAAGUGGAGUUCAUACCUAAAGUAGUUGGUCAACUGACAGCAGAGGUUCAAGUGAAUGGGAAUCAUGUAUCUAACAGUCCACUAGUGAUGAACGUAGAAUCCCAAGAAAUGGAAAUAGUGAAAGAGUUUAAGAUGAAAGGAAGAAAAGUAGAAACUUUGGAUAUGAAUGGGAUAGCAGUGAAUGAAGGAAACAGUAGAGUUGCUGUUGCAGAUGGGUAUUCUCACUGUGUUCAUGUGUUCAACACUGAUGGAGACCUGUUACUGACUUAUGGAGAGGGUCAGUUAAAUAAUCCUGAAGGAUUAGCUUUUCAGAAUGAUACAGAUCUAGUCAUAGCGGACUGUGGUAUGUAUAGAAUAUGUAUCACGAACACUGUGAAAGGAACGCAGAUAAAUAUGUUUGGUGAUAGUUAUGGACAGGGCAAUGGACAGUUAACUACACCACACGGAGUACACGUUGAUGACGAUGGGAACAUCAUUGUGUGUGAUUUUGGUAAUUAUCGUGUUCAAGUCUUCACAAGAGACGGUGAAUAUCUAUAUCAGUUUGGCAGAUCUCCCCAGUUGGGUCACUCACGACGAAGCCAGAUUCAUCCUGUCAGCGUAGUACAACAUGGUGGACAGUUUUUCGUCAGUGAUUCUGUUGAAUGCGUUAUUCAUGUAUACAAGAAGAAAGAUGGUGUCUUGACUAGAAUAUCGACGAUUGGCGAGAAAGGCAGUGCUGCUGGUCAGCUGAGUGAACCAUGGGGCCUGGCUAUUGAUAAUGACCAUCAUCUACUGGUCUGUGAUCGUGGGAAUAACCGCAUCCAAAAGUUCACUCUGGAUGGCCGUUUUGUUAAGAAAAGUGCCAACAUACAGAAACCCUCUUAUAUGGCAGUUUUAAAAGAUGGUCAGUUACUUGUAAGUACUUAUUGUUCUGGUGUUUACUUCGUAAAAUAAUGCGAACUUGCACCUUUCCACAACGGCUAUCCAUCGAAACGAGCGACAGAAUUUUAUCCUUGAGUUCCCGAGGAUGUCCAUGAGUAUAUUGUUGUUUUUUAAAGGUUCUUAAGAGAGUCCUUGACAUUUCAGGUCUAAACACGAACUCCAGAUAAUACAUUUGCGCAUGCGUGCAUGUAUUACGUUUUCGAUAAUUUUAGUAACACCAAGCAUGCAAAGAAGACUUCAGAUAUCGUCAGAAGUACGGGGAAAAACUGUAUAUCAUAGUUGUUAGUUGUGAUAUCGAUUUAAAUCGUAUAUCGUGCUCCCAAGAUUUACAAUCCAUUUUUUUUUUCUUUUAGUAUUUUUCAACCAAUCAGAGCACGCAAAGCGAAGUGACUAUAUCAUAAUAGUAUUGUAUCUAAACAGACACAUUUGCACAUAUAGUUUUGUGUUGCGCAGUAUAUAUCAAUAGUUUAUAGAAAGGUUUUCGUAUGACUGUGAAAAGCAUUUGAUUCAAUGGAGAGUAAAUUCUCGCGCAACAUGAUUGGUCUGGCGUAUGUCUUGGCGAGUCACGACCGCGCUCCUGUCGCGAGCUUUUCACAGUCAUACGAAAACUACUCCAGUGUUGAUAAUGAAACCCUAUACAGAAUUUUAAAAAAUCGUAUCUGGGGCAGGAAUUUUGAUAUUAAUUACGUUGAUAAUACAAUAAUUUUAUUUAGUCAAGAAAUUGGUCUAUUGGAGCGUUAAUACAAAAUAAAUUGUUUUAAUUGCCAGGUAAUCGGUUAUUGAAGCGAAUCUAGCCAAUAUUCCUUUUACCUUUGGACGUAAUGUAUUUUUUUWAAAUUUGAGACCAGGUGUCACCUUCUUGGGAAUAAGAUUCUUUGAAUAAGUUGUACCCAUAUUCAUGUCUCUUCUCAGUCAUGAACAAUUGUUUAACAAAGAAAUAAUACUCUGACUAGGGAAUUACACGUGGUUAGAAGUUAGAAAACAUUACGUCCAAGGUUAAGAGGUCUAUUUCUAGGCAGUCGUUAAGUAUUCUAAAUAAACUCCACAAAUAAUAAUGAA